AUGGAAGAUCCCAGUGCUGCAACAAUGUCACCCCGACAAUUGGCUGUCCUCAUCUUGGGAGAGGGAACUAACCUUCAAGCACUGAUCAAUGCACAGAACACCCAAUCCCUGCCUAAUACUUGCAUUGUCCUCAUUCUCUCCAAUUGUAAAAAUGCAUGCACUUUAGUACGUGCUUCCACUGCCUUGCCUCCAAUCCCUACCACGUACCUCGGCCUUCAGCCAUUCCUUAAAUCAAACCCUGGAAAGAUGUGUGAGGACUAUGAUGUGGAGGUCACACACAUCAUGUUGCAUGCCAAGCCAGAUGCCAUUGUAUGUGCAGGCUGGAUGCACAUCGUGAGUGAGGGAUUCUUGGAUGUGCUCAAGGGGAUGUGGGUGUUGGAGGGGGAGGAAGUGCUUGUGAGGGGGAUACCUGUGAUUAACAUUCAUCUGGCGUUGUUUGGGCAGUUUGAUGGUAUGCAUGCUGUUGAGCAAGGGUUUGAGGCAUUCCAAAAGGGGGAGGUAGAUGAACUGGGUGUAAUGGUGCACCAUGUGGUCAAGGAAGUUGGUCGUGGGGAGCCAUUAAUUCAGAGGAGAGUAGAGGUGGUGAAGGGGGAGGUGAUAGAGGCUUAUGAGGAGAGACUACAUAAGGUAGAGUGGGAGGUUAUUGUUGAGGCUACUCAGAUAGUGCUGGAUGAGGUGCAACCGCCCCUGUCAAGCAAUACUUCAAGUUAG